AUGAUCGGAGAGGAUAGUUCGGCUUCAUAUCUCGAAGUGAUAGAACGACUUUCUAAGUUUCUAAGUUGGAGUGUUUCCAACGGUAUCCAAGUUCUCGAUGCGGUAAGAGUUGAUGCUCGCUGGGAUGGCGUAAAUAAGAAGUAUACUUUGUGUAUUGUGUCUACUCGCCAUCUUCACUGCUUUGAAAAGCUUUUAUCUAUUCCAAAAACUGUAUGUUUAGGUGCGAAGACAUGUUCAAUUUCAAAGGAGUUAGUUGCAGUAGGACUUGGAGGUGGUCUUGCUCUUAACUUCGCUAUAGCACAAGAGUUGGCCCUCGGCCCUGAUUCAUGUUGGUUCGAUUAUCUUUGUAUCUUACCUAGUAAAGGUGAGCAAAGUUUACCGAUGUUCUGGUCGAAACAAGAACGGAAAAAAUUAAAGGGAACAUCUUUAUAUUCUCACAUCAUUAUGGACGACCAGUCAUUUGCAGAUGAUUAUGAAUUCGGUUUUAAACUUCUUCAAAAGUAUAUCAACUUUAAGUCUGAUCGUGUUAACUUUGAGCUAUACAAAAAAGCAGUGUCGAUAGCAGCUUCUAGAGCAUUUUAUAUUGACGAAUAUUUCGGUGAAUGUCUGAUUCCCUGGGCUGAUCUUUUCAAUCAUUCAACACACAAUAUGCAUGUGAAGGUGUACUGCUCAAAAUCUUCGUCAAGGAACACUUUUGAUAUGGAUGAGAAUGAAGUACUUAUACGUUCUGUACAAUCGGUUCGGAAGUAUCAAGAAUUAUUUAACACCUUCGGAUUACAAAGUAAUUCAUCGCUUCUACAUAAAUACGGCUUUUGCGAACUCAGUAAUAAGAAUGGUUUUGUUUCAAUUUAUUCUCCUUUUGGAAAAUUAAGGCGUGACAAAACUUCUCGAGCUUGGUCUGAAGUGUACGAAAUAUAUAGUGACGGUAGGAUUGAACAUAAUCUGGUGAUUUCUAUUGGCUAUUACGUCUCUUUCUAUAGGAACUUUGCAUACAGCAACAAGAAAGAAUUUGUUUCUGAAUGUGUAAGUUCUGCAAAGACAAUAUUAAAUCAGCAACUGAGUGAGUUUGAAGUAGCUGGUGGAGAAAUUAUAGAAGAGAGGAACAUCAAAGCAAGAAGUGGCGGAGGCUUCAUAGGAGCUGCUGCAGCAAAUAUGCUCCGAAAUGAAGAAAUUGGUACACUCAACAGCGCAAUUCAAAUGGUCGAGAGAGAAGGAAAUAAGUUAUGGGGAAAAUAUUACAGAGAAUCUCGAUAA